AUGUCAGAUUCAGUUCCCGACUAUGAAUGCGACGACCGUUUACCGCCGCGGUUGUUUGCUACGGACAGAUUCCCAGUCAACCCUAUCAACGUCUACUCCAAGCCAGACACCCUUACCUUUCUCCUUGAUGUCUUGCGAGGUUCUCCAGAGUUGGAAACUAUUUUAAACUCCCCUUUCCGCCAUCUAUUUGAACUCCCAGCUGUCAGAUGCCCUAUAUCGUGUAAGCUCAUCCACACUCUCUUAACCAGACAAGUUUUCCCUGAGGAUUACGACCCCGACUUUCAGGGGCAAGCUGACGUAGUUCCGGAUGACUACUGGCGAGAAUUAAUAGGCAAUGAUCCUAAGACUACUCUCGCUGACAUUGGUUACAUGCUUAGAACCGAUCCGGAUAUGCCUACCAGCAGAAGACUUCGUCUAGCUUUGCUUAUAAUUGUGGACGGCGUACUAGUUGCUAACACACAGAUACACAAGCUCACUCCUAGAUAUGUUCGCAUGUUGGAGGACCUUGAUGCAUUCCUCUCAUUUCCUUGGGGGAGAGAAUCCUUCCUUAAAACCAUUGCAUGUAUGCGUCCUUCGAAGAAAGUUCCAGGCAAAGUCGAUGACCCCGUAACAGCGUUUAGGCAAUUGCUUCACCAAUCCACUUUUCGGAUGCAAGGCUUUCCUCUUGUCUUACAACUUGUUGCAUUCGAAGCCAUCCCGUCCCUCCCCUUAAAGUUACCUAAUGACUCCGCUCAUCCCACACUACUCGAGUGGAAUGCUGUAAAACUUCGCAAAAACGACUCUCUAUCCAUCCGGGACGUGCUUGACGUUGAGUUUGCGGACAAUCUGAUUGUCCAUCCACUUAUAGAAGUCCACACUCCCGAUGUGAUUGGAUGGGGUGAAUGGGAUGAUGAAAUUCGGGACAGGAAAGUUGAUUACUUGAUGGAGCUGGUAAGCAAAAGGCAUUCAUUCAUCAAGAACGUUUGGCCGGGUGGAGACGCUUCCGAGCCGUUAAGGAUUCAUGUCCCAACACCUGUUCAAAGCGUUCAUCGAAGACACAUUGUAGAUCGUAAGAAAAAACAUUCGCAGCCUCACACUCCGUCAAAGCUACGCCCAAGGAAGAAAUUGACUAAGCAUGUGAGUCGGCGAAAACAGAAAACCAUCGACGAGUAUUGCGUCCGCAGAGAGGUACAAUGCGAAAACCAGAACGAGUGGCUGCUGUCGCAGGUUAAGCAGUUGGUCUUACGUGUACAAAAACUGGAAGAUAAAGUCAGAGCAAGGAAGCCUGUGCGGUUUGGUAAACUUUCAUCCCAACGGCUCAAUUCUACCAGACAGAAAAGCAGACGUCAGCAAAAGUGA